GCCGAGCCAUGGCCCUGAGCGAGCUGUCGCUGCUGCGCUGGCUGCGGGACAGCCGCCACUCGAGGAAGCUCAUCUUGUUCAUCGUGUUCCUCGCGCUGCUGCUGGACAACAUGCUGCUCACCGUCGUGGUCCCCAUCAUCCCCAGUUACCUGUACAGCAUUGAGCAUGAGAAAAAUGCUACAGAAAGCCCGACUACCAGGCCAGCGCAAACAGCCUCCACCUUGGGAAGCUUCCAGAGCAUUUUCUCCUACUAUGACAACUCUACUACCGUGGUCACCGGGAACGUCACUGGGAGCCUGUGGGGGAUGCAGUCACAUAAGGCCACCACCACGCAGCACACGGUGACUAACUCGUCCACCGCCCCUUCCGACUGUCCCAGCGAAGACAGAGACCUUCUGAAUGAGAACGUACAAGUUGGGCUGCUGUUUGCCUCCAAAGCCACUGUCCAGCUGCUCACCAACCCCGUCACAGGACUGCUGACCAACAGAAUUGGCUAUCCAAUCCCCAUGUUUGCUGGAUUCUGCAUUAUGUUUAUCUCAACCAUUAUGUUUGCCUUCUCCAGCAGCUAUGCCUUCCUGCUGAUUGCCAGGUCCUUGCAGGGCAUCGGCUCCUCCUGCUCCUCUGUGGCUGGGAUGGGAAUGCUGGCCAGCGUGUACACUGAUGACGAAGAGAGAGGCAAUGCCAUGGGGAUCGCCUUGGGAGGCCUGGCAUUGGGGGUCUUAGUGGGGCCCCCCUUUGGGAGUGUGUUCUAUGAGUUUGUGGGGAAGACGGCUCCCUUCCUGGUGCUGGCUGCCUUUGUGCUCUUGGAUGGAGCUAUUCAGCUCUUUGUGCUGCAGCCAUCCCGGGUACAGCCAGAGAGUCAGAAAGGGACUCCUCUGACCACUCUGCUGAAGGACCCGUACAUCCUCAUUGCCGCGGGGUCCAUCUGCUUUGCGAACAUGGGGAUCGCCAUGCUGGAGCCAGCCCUGCCCAUCUGGAUGAUGGAGACCAUGUGUUCCCAGAAGUGGCAGCUGGGCGUCGCUUUCUUGCCAGCGAGCAUCUCUUAUCUCAUUGGAACCAAUAUUUUUGGGAUACUUGCACACAAAAUGGGGAGGUGGCUCUGUGCACUUCUGGGGAUGAUAAUUGUUGGAAUCAGCAUUAUAUGUAUUCCUUUUGCAAAAAACAUUUAUGGACUCAUCGCUCCCAACUUUGGAGUCGGUUUUGCGAUUGGAAUGGUGGAUUCUUCAAUGAUGCCCAUCAUGGGCUACCUUGUGGACCUGCGCCACGUGUCCGUCUACGGGAGUGUGUAUGCCAUCGCGGAUGUGGCCUUUUGCAUGGGGUACGCGAUUGGUCCUUCUGCUGGCGGUGCCAUUGCAAAGGCAAUUGGCUUUCCAUGGCUCAUGACAAUUAUUGGGAUAAUUGAUAUUAUUUUUGCUCCGCUCUGCUUUUUUCUUCGAAGUCCACCUGCCAAAGAAGAAAAAAUGGCUAUUCUCAUGGAUCACAACUGCCCCAUUAAAACAAAAAUGUAUACCCAGAAUAAUGUCCAGUCAUAUCCAAUUGGUGAAGAGGAGGAGUCUGAAAGUGACUGAGCCCCGCUGCAGUCAUCCAGGUGUUUAACGUAUAGAAGUGUUUCCAGUGCAGUGACUCGUGUGCCGAGCUUAGUCACGCCAUCCAUCCCUGGCAGAGAGUAAAACAACCAAAGGUGAUUCUUUCUUUUUCAUGGUCAUGGUCGACUGCCAACAGCCUUAUAAAGAAAAAGCGGCUUUUCUAGGGGUUUGUAUAAACAGUGUUGAAAACUUUAUUUUAUGUAUUUGAUUUUAUUAAAUAUUAUACAAUAUAUUUUGACGAAAUAGGUAUAUUGUAAAUGUAUAAAUAUCUGAAUCCAAAUCAAAUAUAAUUUUUUAACUUACAUUCGCAAACACUUGGACAAAAAAAAAUCAUAUUUUUUCUGAAUACUGGUAAUGAGUGUUUAAAAGCACACAUUAUCCGAGACUCUCCCAACAAUGAGAAACUAGAAGUCUGCAAAAAAGAAAUCAUGGAAGACAGUGUGUUAUAUGGCAACACUGAAUGGCAGUUAUUUACCUUGUAUGGGAAUCAAUGUAAUUAUGAGUUAAAAGCUAGUUAUCUCAGGUGCAGAGGACAAGAAAUUAAGUCAGCCACCUUUUGAACUUACUCACUAGCCUUCGCUGGCAUUCGUUUCCUAUAUAAAUAACCACCACCGGAAUAGAGAUGGUUGUAAACUUGCUGAGUCAUGUGGUUGGCUGCAAACAUUGAAGCCAAAGGGAAACAUGGUGAAGCAAAGAGAAGCUUUCCCUUUAUGAUGUACACUUGCCUGUCUUCCUGAGUGAAAAUGGAGGGUAGAUUCCUUAGGCUGUUUUAAGCAGGGUAAGGUUUAACAACACCUAGUUCAUGAUUAAUAAAAAGAAACUUACAAGGCUAGUAAGCUGCUAGAACUUGAAAAAUCAGAAUAUUGAAUCUUUUACCUGCCUGCAAGUCAUCCAAGUGUUUUUCUAGGGCAUCUAUUAAUUUUGAAUCAUCUGAAGCUAUUAUUUUCUAGAUUCCUGAGUUCACAUCAGUGUGGAAAUGAAUUUUGAACAAAGAUGAAAGAAUGAAAUUGUGUCUAACAUGGUUAUGUUAGGAAAACAUAAAUAGGGUGGUCAGGAUGCAUCCCUUUUCCAAGCAGGAAAGAAAAUCAAGCAUCUAAAAACGUGUUUGUGUAUCAUCUUGUGUGCUGGGUAGUGUAACUUUUCUAAGCAUGAAGUCACCGAUGUCUUUUCAGUGUGCCGCAAACGCUAUUAGUGAACAAUGUCAGUCUGCACUGCGUUGCAUGAAAUUUGACUGGAAUGUGAACACAGUGUGGAGCAGGACUCCAGUAGUUCUGGUUAAUCCUGCAGUUCUGUCGUCACAAAAAACACCUGCCAGUUUGUGAAACCAUGUUUGUGUUAACUUGGACAUCAAGAAGCAAAGGACUUGGAACAAAGACUCCUCGACCUUACUGACGAUUACAUGUUUCUAGGAAGGUGGCUAAGCCUUUUAUUUAUUUAUUUAUUUUGCUUUCUGAAGCUUUUCUGUGGGACUUAGGUGACUAGAAAGCCGGUUUCCAAGUGCAACGUUGGAGGGAAACAGGCUUCCUUCUCACUGGACCACUGAAGUUAUGCGGGUCCGGCUUUGGAAGAUGAUUCUGCAGGAACUCUUAAAAGGCUGAAAGGGAAAGGCAGCCUGAACAAAGAAUGUGGUACAAACUGGUUCUCUCAGAGAGCUUGUGGUUUUCUCUGCCCACAGUACUACAUAACUUAUUCCUAUUUUAUUUUUGCCUUUAAGGCCUCAGCUUCUGUAAGAAUGAGUGGCUAAGACAGGCCUUCUACUGAUCUCUUAGAGUAAAGAGAGAGGAAUUCUUCAGAACUGUUUAGGGAGCAAAAGAUGAAUUGUAUCUGAAGGGGAAAUAUCGUGGGCAUGCAGG